AUGGUUUCCUCCUUCACCUCCCAAGCUCCUGAGUCUAUCUCCCCAAACAGCCCCUACUUCCAGACUCUCUUCCGUCGCCGCCAGCAGAAGAAGAUGAGCAUCACUCAAACAUACUACUUGGCCCACACCGCCCGCAAGAAGCUCACCCGCGAAGCUUCCCGGGCGGACCACGAUCUGCGAUUGUUGGUAGGCCAUGCCAAUCUGUUGGAUUCUCUGAUGGUCGACCUCGCCGAGGCCGAGCGCGAGCAAGAACGUUGGUUUAACCAGACCGUCCACGGCGCCACCAAGGCCCAAGAAGAGACCCGACGCGUCCAAUGGGCGUCUACUAUGAUCGAGGAGACCGAGGAGGAAUACGAUCUUUCCGACGAUAACUCCGACCUGGAUUCCGACAGUGACAGCGAUGAAGAAGACGAGGCUUACACUCAAGCUGGCUUUGUGAUCAACCCUUCCACUCGCCGCCGCCCCGUCUCUCCUCCACCUAUGCCUGAGCCCGCUCUCUUCGAGGAGGAGGACGAUGAUACCGAUUCCGACUUUGAAUAUGACGAUGGGGAGGGGAUCGAGGACCUCAGCCUCACUCGAUCACCGUCUCGCCAAUCUCCACCCGAGCUCCUGCCUGCCGACUCCGAUGACGAGUCGGAGGACGAUGCUCUUCCCAUUUCCCCGCCCCAGCCUACCUUGGAGGCGUUCGACCAAAAAACACCCACCACAACCACGAUCUCGCUCACGGACUCCCAGCCAUUGUUCGACACAGGGUAUUUUGCUUCACAAGACGCCAGUCCCAUCAUCGAGGCAUACUGA